AUGCAAGAACGCCGCAGCACUGCCAUGGCGCGCGCGCCGCUCGUGCCACUCUGCCUCGCCGCUGCCGCGCUCCUCCUCGCCAACGCCGCCGCGCCGUGCAGCGCAAAGACCACGGUCACCAUCGAGGAGGCGUGCCGGAGGGCGGCGAGCAGCCACCCGGGCGUCAGCUACGAGCACUGCGUGUCGUCGCUGGCGUCGGACGCCCGGAGCCGCGAGGCCGUCGACCUCCACAACCUGGCCGUGCUGGCGGCCAGGAUGGCCGUGGAGCACGCGGCUGCCACGGAGGCCAAGAUCGAGGACCUCAACGAGGUGGAGGACUCGCCGCAAGCAAGCGCGCGCCUGCACCACUGCCUCGAGCUCUACAACGCCGCCGCCGCCGUCCUGCGCGACGCGCUCGACAACCUCCACGCGCACAUCUACGGCAAGGCAUCCGAGCAGCUCGCCGCCGCGCUCGGCGCCUCCGAGAGCUGCGAGGACGUCUGGAAGGGCGAGGAACGCGUCCCCGUCGCCGGGCACGACAGGGAGUACGGACGCAUGGCCUUGGUCGCCCUCGGCCUCACCAGCGGCAUCGUGUGA